GAAUCGUCGGAGAGUGACGUCUUUGGUGGCCGGGAUUUGGGUAGUAGCAGCUUCCAACAAGACGCACAACAUCUCGAGACGCCGUCCCAGCAGCUACAGACCAACUGAAGCUAACGAUCAAGAACUUUUGAAAAGCAAGAAGGAACGACCAAACCAAUCAAGAUGGUUUACGAAACCGACUUCUACACCACCAGGAGACCCUAUCGAACCACCCCAUCCCUAUCCACUUACACUAUUUCGUCGGAACCCUCUAGACAAGUCAGAUUGUUGCCAGGGCUUGGAAAGGUGCAUGUAGUUCACACCUACGACCGCAUUGUACCGUAUGUUGGACACAAAAGGUUGACGGUUGUGCCCAGCUCUCCAGUUGUGGUGAGGCUGAGGCCCUCGACCUUGUACAGGGAGUUCGACAGGAUUGAGAAUAAGCUAAGACCGAUAACCUACAAUUCGUAUACUAAUGAUUAUCUCAACUCUAAUAGCCAUGUGAGAAUUGUCUAUGUAAGAAAUCCGAUAUCUAGCAGCUAUCCUACCAUUUACCGUCCUUCUACUCUAUACACGACUAGAUACUAUCCAAGUUAUGCAUCUUACAACUAUUACCCCUCAUAUCUGAGCUACUACUAUCCGGCUUAUUAUCCAUCUGCCCCAACAUCAAGGUUCUAUUCAACCUAUAGUUUCUACCCAUCAUACAGAUGGACAGACUUAUCUCUCUAUCCUUCUUGGAGAUACAAUCAUUUCUUGCGCAUGUUCGAUGAUGAGACAAGAUUGAUCCGUGCUCAGACGGCGUCUCUGCUCCAAAGGGUGCACAACCCUGUGCCCCGUAGACCGAGAGCUUUUCCUCUUCCUUACGUCAGCAGGUAUGAAGAGGUGCCUGCUAGACUCUCGAACGACAAUUACAUUCACAGAAUGUUGAUUUCGUCGCCGUCAAGUAAAUCAGAGUACACCACUUAUCACAGUGAUCCAGUGCGAAAAUACUUUGGUCUAGGACGUCUCGCUUGCGUUACACUUGUCGGUGACAAACCGCAGCCUCGUCGUAGGAAUGUUUACAUGUACGAAGACCCCGUCAGGAAUGACAUUCAAUUACUUAGUUACUACAUCACCAAAUUCCGCGACGAGAAGGCCGCCUUGGCUAAGCCGAUUAAAGUCGUCCUUUCCGCAACUCGACCUUCUCGGAUAUUCUCAGUGCCAAAACCACUCGAGGAUACCGCAAGCGAGGAGAUCAAGAAGGUUAAGGAGGAGCGUGCCGCGAGAUUUUCCAAAAUCACUGAAUUUGAACCGGAUACUAAACCAAAACAGGAUGAACAGGUUAGGUCUAAGAGAGCAGCCGAAGCAGAAGCUAAAGCGAAAGCACAGAUAGAAGCCGAAGCUCAAGCUAAGAAGGAAGCGGAAGCUGCUGCGCAAAAGGCCAAAGAAGAGAAGGCCGCUGCAGAAGCGGCUAAAAAAGCCCAAGAAGAAGCUGAGUUGAAGGCAAAGGAAGAAGCAGCUAAGAAGGAGAAGGAAGCAAAGGAAGCUGCUGCACGUGCCGCUGAAUUGGAGAAACAAGCCGAAAAAGCUAGAUUGGACGAGCUAGCCAAGCAAGCUGAACUUGAAAGGAUUAAGCAAGAAGAGGAGGAAAAGGCUCGUUUAGAGGAAGAGAAGCGACGCGCCGAUGAACUUAAGGCUGAAGAAGAAAAACAACAACUGUUGCGCUUGGAGGAAAUCGCCCGACAAGCGGAAGAGGAAAAAGAAGCUGAGCUCGCCCGGCAAGCGGAAGAACUUGCCGAAUUGGCGAGGCAGGAAGCUGAAUUAGCUGAACAAGCUAAAAAGGAAAUGGAGGAAGCCGAAGAGAUUCGCAAAUCAGAAGAACAAGCUGAACUCGAGAAGAAACAAGCCGAGCUCGAUGAGCUUUCUAAGAUCGCCCAGCAGGACGCCGAAUUAGCCGAGGAGGCUAAAAUUGCUGCAGAGGAAGCUCAAAAAGAAGCCGAAGAGGCCGAGCAGCAAAUAUCUGAAGCUGUUGUCGAUGAAGAUGUGCCACAUCAAGAAGAAGAUGUACCCGUCACUGAAGAAGAAACAACAGUUGUCGAAGAAGAAACUCCUAUUGUCGAAGAAGAAAUACCUGUUGUUGAAGAAGAAACACCUGUUGUCGAGGAAGAAACACCAACAGUGGAAGAAUCUGAAGAAGUCAUCGAAGAAUCCGCUCCGGAGGUAAACGAAGUUCAGGAUGACGAAGAGUAACCCGGAAAUUUAAUUUGUACAACAUUUUAUUUUUGUAAACUUUUAUUCUAAUCACUUUUUUUCUAUUAAGCAUUUACUUGUGUUUUCGUUUAUGAAUUCAGAAUAAAGUCGCGAUCUGCCUUUCAA